AUGGCUUCAGGAGCAGCCAUCAAACGAUCCGAUUCCAUAGCUGAGAGCAUGCCGGAAGCCCUGAGGCAGAGCCGGUACCAUAUGAAGAGGUGCUUUGCUAAGUACAUUGAGAAAGGAAAAAGGAUAAUGAAGCUUCCCCAUUUAAUGAGUGAAAUGGAGACAGUCAUAGAUGACAAGGUUGAAAGAAACCAAGUCUUGGAGGGAGUGCUUGGCUAUAUAUUGUCUUCAACUCAGGAAGCUGUUGUUAUUCCUCCAUUUGUUGUCUUUGCCAUAAGACCAAAUCCAGGGUAUUGGGAAUUUGUUAAAGUCAGUUCUGAGGAUCUCUCAGUUGAGUCCAUCACUGUCAGAGACUACUUGAAAUUCAAAGAAACUUUAUAUGAUGAGAAAUGGUCAAAUGAUGAAAAUACACUGGAGGUGGAUUUUAGAGCAAUUGACUUCUCAACUCCUCACUUAACUCUAUCUUCCUCUAUUGGAAAUGGACUCAAUUUUGUUUCCAAGUUCACCAGUUCAAAGCUAGCUGGGAGAUUGGAGAAUGCACAGCCCCUUGUGGAUUAUUUACUUUCACUAAAUCAUGAAGGAGAAAGUCUUAUUCUAAAUGAGAACCUCAACACUGCUUCAAAGCUUCAGACGGCACUGAUUGUAACAGAAGUGUACCUCUCAGCGCUUCCCAAAGACAUGCCGUACCAAAAUUUUGAACUAAGGUUCAAGGAGUGGGGCUUUGAGAAGGGAUGGGGAGAUACCGCAGAAAGAACUAAGGAGACAAUGAAACUACUUUCAGAAGUACUACAAGCUCCAGACCCAUUGAACUUGGAAAGGUUUUUCAGCAGACUUCCUACAAUAUUCAAUGUCGUAAUAUUCUCUCCUCAUGGCUACUUUGGCCAAGCAGAUGUUCUUGGCUUGCCAGACACCGGUGGGCAGGUAGUUUAUAUUCUGGAUCAAGUGCAAGCUCUGGAAGAGGAACUGCUCCUCAGAAUUAAGCAACAAGGGCUUACUGUGAAGCCUCAAAUUCUUGUGGUAACAAGACUCAUCCCUGAAGCAAAGGGAACUAAGUGCAACCAGGAGUUGGAACCGAUCAAUGGCACCAAGUACUCUAACAUUCUUAGGGAUGCUUCUGCAAAAGUCCUCGACAUUAUGGAAGGAAAGCCAGAUCUUAUUAUUGGAAACUAUAGUGAUGGGAAUUUAGUGGCAUCUCUCAUGGCUAAUAAACUAGGGAUUACUCAGGCAACUAUUGCUCAUGCUUUGGAGAAGACCAAAUAUGAAGAUUCAGACAUCAAGUGGAAGGAAUUAGAUCCUAAGUAUCACUUCUCAUGCCAAUUUCUUGCUGACACAAUUUCAAUGAAUGCCACAGAUUUUGUCAUAGCAAGCACAUACCAGGAAAUUGCAGGAAGCAAAGACAGACCAGGACAAUAUGAAAGCCAUACUGCAUUUACACUGCCAGGGCUCUGUAGAGUUGUUUCAGGCAUCAAUGUAUUUGAUCCCAAAUUUAACAUUGCUGCACCGGGGGCCGAUCAGUCUGUCUAUUUCCCCUAUACAGAGAAGCAGAAACGGCUCACAUCAUUUCAUCCUGCCAUCGAAGAACUGCUGUAUAGUAAAGAGGAUAACAGUGAACAUAUAGGAUUUCUAGCAGACAGGAAGAAACCUAUCAUCUUCUCAAUGGCAAGGCUUGACACUGUCAAAAACAUUACUGGUUUGGUUGAGUGGUAUGGGAAAAACAAGAGGCUGAGAAAUUUGGUUAACCUUGCUGUAGUUGGGGGGUUCUUUGACCCUUCAAAAUCAAAAGAUAGAGAAGAAAUUGCAGAAAUAAAAAAGAUGCAUACACUGAUAGAAAAGUACCAGCUUAGGGGCCAGAUCAGAUGGAUAGCUGCACAGACUGAUAGGAACCGAAAUGGAGAACUCUACCGUUGUAUUGCUGACACAAGGGGAGCUUUUGUGCAACCUGCCCUCUAUGAAGCUUUUGGUCUUACUGUCAUAGAGGCAAUGAACUGUGGACUGCCCACCUUUGCAACCAACCAAGGAGGCCCAGCUGAAAUCAUUGUGGAUGGGAUCUCCGGUUUCCAUAUUGAUCCCAACAAUGGUGAUGAAGCAAGCAACAAAAUCGCUGAUUUCUUCGAGAAGUGCAAGACUGAUGCUACAUACUGGGACAGGUUUUCGAAAGCAGGUUUGCAGCGAAUAUACGAAUGCUACACUUGGAAGAUAUAUGCAAACAAGGUGUUGAACAUGGGGAACACUUAUACUUUCUGGAGGCAGUUGAACAAAGAGCAGAAACAAGCUAAGCAAAGAUACAUCCAGAUGUUCUUUAAUCUCCAGUAUCGGAACUUGGUGAAGAAUGUGCCUAUCCCAAGUGAUGAGGCUGAACAACCAGUGCCAAAGCCAACUGCCAAAUCACAGUCCAUACCAAGGCAUGUUAAUCUAAACUAA